AACAGCUGUUUAGCUCAUUUUCUACGAACGCCGGUUUGGCUGCUGUUUGUUGACUACCGCGGAUAAAUUUCGCAUAUACUAGUCUUAAAUAUGUCGGUUACAUUACAUACGGAUGUGGGUGACAUAAAAAUUGAGCUUUUCUGUGAGGAUUGUCCAAAAGCUUGUCAGAAUUUUUUGGCGCUAUGUGCCAGCGAAUAUUACAAUGGCUGCGCUUUCAUUCGCAAUAUAAAAGGUUUUAUAGUACAAACAGGUGAUCCUACAAACACAGGGAAAAAUGGUAAAUCUAUUUGGGGUACCAAAUUUGAAGAUGAAUUCAAAGACACAUUGAAGCACUCUGACCGCGGUAUGGUUUCCAUGGCAAAUAAUGGCCCCAAUGCGAAUGCCAGCCAAUUCUUUAUAACUUAUGCAGCUCAACCCAAUUUAGACCUCAAGUAUACACUGUUUGGAAGAGUAAUUGAUGGUUUCGACGCCUUAGACGAGUUAGAAAAACUAUCAGUAAAUCCCAAAACUUACCGUCCACAUAUUGAAAAAAAAAUCAACAGUGUUACAAUACAUGCAAAUCCUAUAGCUGGAUAAGGACUGGCUAGGGAGGCGUUACUAUGUUGCCAAUUUUGGAAAUAUAAGUAGUGCAAAUCUUACAGAAUAUUUAAAAUAUGAGACGGACCUAAACUCUAUGAUGGCGCACCAACACAGUUUAAGAAUUCCUUCUGACGAAAAAGUAUUAAAGAUUUGUUCCAAACCAAAAAAAAUAUAAAAAUUCUACUUAUUUACCCAAAAUA